AUGACCACCCCCCCUCCCGCCGCACGCAGCCGGCUCCUCGCCGAGAAGCGGGUCGUGCUCCUCAGCUUCCUGAUCGCGCUGGGCCAGUUCCAGUACGGCUACGACUCAGCGGCCGUCGCGGGCUUCCAGAGCCUGCCGGGCUUCCUCGAGGUGUACGGCUACGUGGACGCUAGCAACCCGAUCGGGCUCAACAUCAGCACCGACGUGCAGCGGCUGAUCCAGUCGCUGAUGAACGUGGGCGGCUUCGUGGCGGCGGUGGCCAUAUACUUUGCCCAUGCGCGCGUGUCGCGCCGCGUGGGGUUGUGGGUUGGCUGUGGGUUUGCCUUCUUGUCGAUUUCGUUGCAGUUGGGGUUGCAUAGUCUGGGGGGGCUGUAUGCGGGGAGGUUGUUGCUGGGGGUGUCGAAUGGGUUUUUGGUGCCGUAUUGUGUGACGUAUAUGACCGAGGCGGCGCCGUCGAUGUUGAGGGGGCCGAUUGUGGGUAUGAGCACAUUUCAGACGUCGUUGGGGGCGUUGUUUGGGAUUCUGGUGGAUAAUUAUUGCCAGCCGUAUGGGGGCACGGCUUCGUGGAAGAUUCCACUCGGGGUCAUGUACAUUGUGCCGGCAUUUCUGACGGUGUUGUUGCUGUUUCUGCCGGACACGCCGCGGUUUUAUGUUACCCAGGGGCGGGAGGACAAGGCGAUGCGGGCUAUUCGACGGCUCCGCGGGAUCAAGGAUGAGGAGUUGCUCCGGGCCGAGGUGGAGGAUAUCAAGAGCGCGUUCCUGAUGGAGCAGGAAAUACACGCCGGGGUGCAUCUGACCGAUAUGUUCAGGGGCUCGGACCUUCGACGGACGCUGCUCAGCUACGGAGCGAAUAUCGCCGGCAUUGCCACUGGCGUCACGUUCAUGGCCGGGUUCUCGGUGUACCUGUUCGUACAGGCCAGGGUCGGCUCGCCCUUUGCUUGGGUCAUGAUAUCUUUGGCGAUCGCGUUGACGGGCAACAUGUUAGCGUUCCCGGCGAUGCGUUACUUUGGGCGCCGCGAGCUCCUCGUCGUCACCUCGGUUCUCUCGUCGGCUAUGAUGUUCGGUAUGGCCAUUGUCUAUACCGCCUCGGGUGGGCACUCGUCUGCCGCAAGCAAAGCGCUCGUCGCCCUGAGCAUCGUCUACACUUGGGUGUAUGGUGUCGGCCAGGGACCGGUUUUAUGGGCGCUUGGGACCGAGAUCCCCUCGCAACGGUUGCGCUCACAGACCGUGGGUACCGCAUCGGGGCUCAACUUUAUUGUCGGCUGGUUGGUCUCCUUUUUUACACCCUACUUCAUCAACCCGGACCAUUUGGGCUGGGGGCCAAAGUAUGGGUACAUCUGGGGUGGGAGCAAUCUGGUUGUGGCCGUGUGGGCGUUCUUCUUUGUUCCCGAGACGAAGGGCAGGAGCUUGGAGCAGCUGGACGAGCUAUUUGAGAAAAGAACCCGGCACUUGGAGUUGGCAAAGCUCUGGGGAAAAGGUCUUGCCGGUGCCUCCUUGCAGAAUUGCCCGUGGACAUAA